AGUCGAUUUCUGUGUGGCCACAUGAACAGAACCGACACCCCAACGGUUCCACUGAUAUUGAGCUCGGAGUCGCGGUUGGUGUCGGUCGACGGGACUAUUUAACGGGCGGAUGAGUCGCGGAAGGAGCGCGUGCUGUAGUCGGGCUCGAGAGCCAUGUGCUACUUUGUUUACAAAAACAGCAGCGAUCGAGUGGCGUUACACGCGCGUCAGUUUUAUCGCGAAGGUGAAUCUGCAGUAAUAUUGUUAACAGUAAGAGAUCCAGAUCGACACAAUGGACUGGAGAGUCGCGAUCCGAGAAAUGCAAGCGCUUCCUGCAGGAGUUCUACAGCGAGGAUGACUCUGGGAAGAAGCUGUUUAAAUAUGGUGCUCAGCUGGUGUCGCUGGCGCACCGUGAGCAGGUGGCACUGGUGCUGGAUCUAGAUGAUGUGGCAGAGGAAGACCCUGAGCUGGUGGAGAGUGUGUGUGAAAAUGCCAAACGUUACACUGUGCUGUUCGCUGAUGCUGUUCAUGAGCUGCUGCCGGAAUACAGAGAACGAGAGGUGGUGGCAAAGGAUGCGCUGGAUGUUUAUAUCGAGCACCGGCUGAUGAUGGAGGCCAGAGGUCACGACCCCGCAGAUACACGUGAUUCCCGAAACCAGUACCCGUCUGAACUCAUGCGCAGAUUUGAGGUGUAUUUCCGGCCGCCGUCUACGCUGAAGCCGAAGGUGGUGCGUGAUGUGAAAGCCGAAAGCAUCGGUCAGCUGGUAAACGUCAGGGGCAUCGUCACCAGAGCGACGGAGGUCAAACCCAUGAUGGCCGUCGCCACGUACACGUGUGAUCAGUGUGGCGCCGAGACUUACCAGCCGAUCGCCUCUCCGAGCUUCACGCCCCUGAUCAUGUGCCCCAGUCAGGAGUGCGUCACCAACAAAUCAGGAGGCCGACUGUACCUGCAGACACGAGGGUCAAAGUUCAUCAAGUUCCAGGAGCUGCGUAUUCAGGAGCAUAGCGAUCAGGUGCCGGUCGGGAAUAUUCCUCGCAGUAUGACGAUUUAUGCACGUGGAGAAAACACGCGUGUGACUCAGCCUGGAGAUCACGUGGCCGUUUCUGGAAUAUUCCUGCCUCUUCUGCGCUCUGGAUUCAGACAAGCUGUGCAGGGUUUGCUGUCGGAGACGUAUCUGGAGUGUCACACGAUCACGCUGAUGAAUAAAACUGAAGAUGAUGAGCUGGGAACUGCAGAACUGACUGAUGAAGAGCUCCGACACAUCACCGAGGAGGAUUUCUAUGAGAAGUUGGCGGGUUCGAUCGCUCCAGAGAUUUACGGUCACGAGGACGUGAAGAAGGCGCUGCUGCUGCUGCUGGUGGGCGGAGUCGAGCAGGCACCGCGUGGGAUGAAGAUCAGAGGAAACAUCAACAUCUGUCUGAUGGGUGAUCCAGGUGUUGCCAAGUCUCAGCUGCUGUCAUACAUCGACCGCCUCGCCCCGCGCAGUCAGUACACGACUGGUCGCGGCUCGUCAGGUGUUGGAUUGACGGCUGCAGUGAUGCGUGACCCUGUCACCGGGGAGAUGACCCUGGAGGGCGGGGCAUUAGUGUUGGCUGAUCUGGGCAUAUGCUGCAUCGAUGAGUUUGAUAAGAUGGCCGACACCGAUCGUACGGCGAUUCACGAGGUCAUGGAGCAACAGACUAUUUCUAUCGCCAAGGCGGGCAUCAUGACAUCUUUAAACGCGCGCUGUUCGAUUCUGGCGGCGGCGAACCCGGCGUACGGACGCUACAACCCUCGCAAAACCAUCGAGCAGAACAUCCAGCUGCCCGCGGCGCUGCUGUCACGAUUCGACGUGCUGUGGCUGAUUCAGGACAAACCCGACACGGACAACGACCUGCGACUCGCGCAACACAUCACAUACGUGCACCAGCACUGCAAACAACCGCCAACACACUUCAACCCCAUAGACAUGAAACUCAUGAGGCGUUACAUCAGCGAGUGCAAGCGGAAGCAGCCGGUGAUUCCCGAGUCUCUGUCAGAUUACAUCACCGCUGCAUAUGUGGAGAUGAGGAAAGAGGCGCGAGUCAGUAAAGACACCACGUUCACCUCCUCACGAACACUUCUGUCGAUCCUGCGUCUCUCCACUGCACUGGCUCGUCUGCGGAUGGUGUGUGUUGUGGAGAAGGAGGAUGUUAAUGAAGCGAUGAGACUGAUGGAGAUGAGCAAAGACUCGCUGCAGACUGACAAAACCAGCAACAGCAGGGCUCAGCGUCCAGCCGAUGUGAUCUUCUCGCUGUUGCGUGAGCUGGCGGGCGACGGGUCGCUGAAGUCCGUCCGUAUGUCGGAGGCGGAGCAGCGCUGCGUGUCUCGUGGAUUCACUCCCGUGCAGUUCCAAUCGGCUCUGGACGAGUACGAGGAGUUGAACGUGUGGCAGAUCAACCAGGCGCGCUCGCGCAUCACGUUUGUGUAAAUACUGAUCGGAUUGUGAUGUCACUGAACACGCGUGACCCGUUUCUCUAAUGUUCUUAUUGCAAUUUGUGCUCAUGUUUUGCCUUUUAAUCUGUUAAACUCUGUAAAUAGUGAGUGCGCGUGCAUGUUUGAGAGCGUGUGUGCGCGCGCGUGUGUGUUUGAUUGAGAGCCUGUGCGUGUUUGAGUGUGCACGUGCGUGUUUGUGUGCGUGUGUCCUGCUAAAAGAAAGCUGCAGAAAUCCAUUUCAAGUGUUUGAGAUCGGAGGAAACCGUAUAAACCGGUUCAUGUGCUUUUAUCUGCAAUUAUUUAAUAAAGUACAGCUGUAUUUUCAGAAGUGUUGAUUUAUUUGAACUGACAUAUUAAAAUAUAGUUCUCUAGAUUCACCAAUUAAAUGUGUUGUAGAGGACUUUACUCAUACAGUAUAAACUUCUUUAGUUCAAGUCUUCACAUGUUUCUUCACUGUUCGUGUGUGUUUUGAGCUGAGGAUGAAAUUAAAGGUGAUAAAAGUGUUGGAAGUUUCUGGAAUGUGUCUCGUCUGCAGAAACUUGUUUUUAUAAGCUGCUUUUAUAGUUUGACAUCUGUUUUAAAGUAAGUCUAUAAUAAUGUGGCGCCAUGCGCUGAGACGCGACUGUAUUCAUAAAGUCUGUUCGUCUCCGAGUUUAUAAACGCACACGGGUUUAAUAUUCGCAGUUAUUGAUCCAUUUAUUACACGAGCUGAUAAUGGGAAACUUGCGCGCUCCCUGUGAUUACCUUGAUGUCCGCGUGCGCCCGCGGCGGUGGGUGUGUCAUUGAGCUGAUCUGACCAAUAGCUGCACGGCGCUGAAGUGAUUGACAGACGACCUGUGGGUAUAUAAGCACCUGCACGCGCAGUGAUGAGAGAGCGGAAUCGAGAGGUGAGUAGAAACUUUAUCCGUAUUUAAUUUAAGCUUUAAGCUCUGUUAUCUGCAUAUGUGGAAUAUUGUGUAUAUGGGGAUUGUGUGCAGGGUCAGAGGUCAUGUCUGCAGUCAGGCUCGUGUGUGUGUUCAGUCUCGUGCUGAUGCCAUGUUUGUUUGAGGCAAAAUCCCUGAUGAAUGUUCUCACACAGGAAGAUGUAGCUCCAGUCAGUAUCGACUCCAGUAAGGCUCAUGAGUUCCUGUCCAGUUCUCGAAACAAACGCAACAUUGAUCCGCGCUGGUACAGACAGACUCCAGAU